AUGAACAACUUGUAUGUGCUAGCCAAGGGUGCAUAUAUAGAUGAGGGGAGGGCCUCUGUGAGAAUGAAGGGAAACUUGGUAAAAACAAAUGGUGGCUUUGUAGAAGCCAGAAGAAACUACACAGGCUUAAGCACUCAUAUUAUGGACACUGGUAUAGGUAUGACUAAGGAGGAGAUGAUAGAGCACCUUGGGACAAUUGCCAAGUCGGGAUCCAAGGCAUUCCUAAGUGAGUUAUCCAAGGCAUCAGAGGCCAGUGCAAAGAGCAGUAUCAUUGGUCAGUUUGGAGUGGGUUUCUACUCUAGUUUCAUGGUCUCAGACAAGGUGGAAGUCUUCUCCAAGUCGUACAAACCUGGUUCUGUUGGACACAAGUGGACAUCUGAUGGACAAGGAAAAUUUGAGAUUUCGGAAGCAGAAAAUGUCCAGAGAGGCACAAAGAUAGUCCUUCACCUCAAAAUGGAUAGCCAUGAGUUCUGCCAAGAGGAUGUGAUCAAAGAUGUGACUAAGAAGUACAGUAAUUUUGUGGGUGCCCCAAUUUAUGUGGGAGGCAAGAAAGCCAAUACCAUACAGUGCUAA